AUGAGCUCCUUCAUCGCCAUUUCCGAAUCGACGCCGGGCCUAUUCGGCUUUGCGCUUCUUCUGAGCAUUUUUCUCCUCAGCUACCGAUUACUGGCACAUCCUUUGGCAAAGUAUCCUGGCCCUUUUGUAGCUAGGGUAACCGACGGCUAUGCUGGAUACUUUGCUUUCAAGAAGCGAGUUCAUCUUGCAACGUAUAGCGACCAUAUAAAAUAUGGAUCUGUCUACCGCCAAGCUCCCAAUCGUCUAGUUUUCAAUACAUCAGCAGCUUUGCGCGAUAUAUACCUUAAUAACGGUAUUGGCAAGGCGCACGUCUACCAGCAUACUCAAUUCAAUGCUCAAAUCAACAUAUUUGGAACACUUGAUAAAGAGCAACACCGACAAAAGAGAAAGAUCUAUGGAUCUGUUCUCUCGGAACGGUCGCUGCGCAGUUUCGAGCCUUCCAUGACUUAUGAGAUCAAUGUGUUCUUAGCCCAGCUGCUCAGAAAUGCUUCUCAAAUUGUUAACAUCUCGCCCAUGUGUGAGUACCUAACUACUGAUAUUGCAGGUCAGCUAGCUUUCGGGCAGCCCCUGAACACGCAGGUAGAGGAAACAAAUAAACUUUUCCCUCGUGCUAUGGUAUCAAUGAAUGCCGUUGUCAAUAUCUUCAUGUGUUGGCCUGUCCUUAAAAAGGCAUGGCCAUUGCUGGCACGCCUAAAUAAAAAAAACGGUGCAGCAUUCUCAAAUGCCAUUCGGGGGAUAGUGAACAAACGCAAAGACCUUCCGAAAGACGCCAGGCACGACUUCUUCUCUCUCGUAGCGACGGACGACAGUACUACGGAAGAGGGCUUGAAGGCAAGCCACUUGUGGGCCGAGGCGAUCUUUAUCCUUCCUGCUGGAGGAACUACUAUUGCCUCGGCUAUAUCUGCUGCCUUUUUCUACUUGUCACGCUAUCCAGAUGUAUAUUCGACGCUCGCCACUGAGAUCCGCACACGAUUCUCUUCGGGUAGCGAUAUCAAAAUCGGACCGCAGCUUUCCGGUUGUGAAUACCUGCGAGCUACGAUUGAUGAGACCCUGCGGUCUGCUCCGCCGUUUACGGGCACCUUUUGGCGCGAGCCAUUCCCUGAUUAUACCGAUCAAUUUAUCGUCGACGGGCAUGUUAUACCGCGAGGAGUUCUGGUCGGCGUCAACCCUUAUUGCGUUAUGCAUAAUGAGAAGUACUUCCCUGAGCCUUUCCUGUUUCGCCCCGACCGAUGGCUGGGCCAUGAUAGUCAAGAGAGAGCCGCGAUGCGAGAGGCGUUUGCGCCGUUUGCUUUCGGGGAGACGGGCUGCCUGGGCAAGGCAAUGGCAUACCACGAGAUGUGCCUUGUUCUCGCAAAGACGCUCUGGUACUUUGACUUCAGGAAGGCCCCGGGAGAGGCUGGGAAGCUCGGCGGCGGUGAGCCUGGACGGCUGGAUGGGAGGGACAGGGUAGACCAGUACCAGCUGCUCGAUCAUGCCGUUGCGAGCCACGAUGGCCCGAACCUCGUGUUUACUCCUCGCGGUGACUAUUAUAAGAGCGAGCUGGGUAGUGUAUAG